AUGGCUCCCAGCACAGGUACGUUAUACAGGAUCUGAAUGCUCGAACUGCGCUUAUCAUUUAUUAGAGAAGACAGAGAAGCUAGUCGAUAAUACCAGAGACGCGCUGUUCAAGUACGAUGCCGCAGAGCAAAAGGCGAUAAACGAAGCGCGACCAUGGCGAUCAGAUCCUCACCACUUCAAGUAUGUCCGCAUAUCGGCCGUGGCGCUUGUCAAGAUGGUCAUGCAUGCGCGAUCGGGAGGAGAUAUCGAGGUGAUGGGAUUGAUGCUGGGAUAUGUGGAGCACGAAACAUUUAUCGUCACCGACGCGGUUCGCCUACCGGUCGAGGGAACAGAGACCCGUGUGAAUGCGCAAGAUGAAGCCAACGAGUACAUUGUCAACUUUCUUCAGAAGUCAAGAGACGCAGGAAAGCCGGAGAAUGCUGUCGGUUGGUACCAUAGCCACCCUGGGUACGGCUGCUGGCUUUCUGGUAUCGAUGUCGGCACUCAGCACACCCAGCAAAUGUUCCAAGACCCGUUCCUCGCAGUCGUCAUUGACCCGCACCGCACAGUAAGCUCUGGCAAGGUCGAGAUCGGCGCGUUCAGAACAUACCCCGAAAAUUACAAGCCGGAGGGGCAGCCCUCUGCGGCGGAGGGCAUGGCUGCCGUGCCGAUGGCAAAGGCGCAAGACUUUGGAGCCCACGCCAACCGCUACUAUUCCCUGGAAGUAAUGCAUUACAAAUCGACGUUGGACAGCAAGCUACUUGAGGCGUUGUGGAACAAGUACUGGGUGCAGACGCUGUCUGCUUCGCCCCUGGACACCAACCACGAGUACGUCACGAAGCAAAUCGAGGACUUGGCAGGCAAGACGAAGGUCGUGCAGGAGACCAUGAGGCAGCGCAGUGGCCCUUUGAUGCCGCAGAAGGGCAAUACUGGCAACGAUCAGCUGGCGAAGGCUGUGAAAACAGCCGAGAAGAUCGCAAACGAGGAGAGGACGGGCCUCACAGCGGCAACGGUGAAGGAGCGAGUGUUUGCUACGAACGCCGAGGUGGUGGAGGAUAAGGAGAUGAAGGACGUCUGA